GAGAAAGAGAGAGAGAGAGAGAGAGAAAGAAAGAGAGAAAGAGAGAGAGAGAGAAAGAGAGAGGGAGUGGACAAUCACUGACUGUUCUGUGUGUCCCUUGUAGGUGGAGCUUCCAGCCUCAUUUGCAUGCCCUUCUCCCUUAGACGCCGAUAUGAUAUACUUUAUGGUCCGCAGUGGUGACAAUUGACUUGGACAACAGAGAGGGCUGCUACUUCCACAUAAAUACAUGAAUACGUGGAAAAACACCCCAUCAUACAUCCCACUCCCACCUACUAACAUGCAGAGGGUGAGGAGGAGCCGCACAGAAACCCGAUGAAUCACACCUGAGGAGACAAACAGGAAAUAGCAGUAGAAGUUGUUUGGCAGCAACGGCAGCAGGAGCAGGUGGGAGACACAACACACACAGUUUCAGAGAGUCGACCAAUCCAGAGGGGCCUUCACUUCUCCACCCUAUCCCAGACCAGAUCAGACCAGUCCAGACCCAGACCAGACCAGUCCAGAUCAGACCCAGACCCAGACCAGACCAGACCAGUCCAGAUCAGACCCAGACCCAGACCAGUCCAGAUCAAGUUGUUUCAGAAGAGACGGCAUAUCGGACUGAGAGAUGAGGGGUAGGGCUCUCUGACCCCUGACACUAACAAGGUGGUGUAACCUCCAACCCCUGUGGCUCCUCCGAUGUUCUCCAGAAAGGACAGCCUUCCCUCCCCCAGCUUGGAAGACUCCUUCUUCCCCCUCUCCUCCACCUCCUCCCAUUCUCUCUCGCUCGCUCAUCCCUCCUCCUCUUCCUCCUCCUGCUCCACGGGGAAGGCGGGGUUAAAGGCAGAGCUGGAUGCGGGUCUAGAGACAGAUCUGAUCCUGGCUGCUGAGUUGGGCCAGGCUCUGUUGGAGAGGAAUGAAGAGCUGGCCGAGGCACUGACACAGACAGACAGACAUGUAGAGGUCCUGCAGCAGGAGAAGCAUGUUCUCCAGAGGAGGCUGGAGGUAUGUGAGCUGUCGUCACAACAGAGAGAGGCGGAGCUAACCUCCGAACUCUCCUCCUUACUGGCCGAGCUGGACCGACAUCACAGCCGGGGGCAGGGCCAGAAGCGUGAGGAGAACACACAGCUGACUGAGCUGGCCAAUCACAACCACCGGCUGGUGGAAGAACUGGCAGAGGCGGUGUCAACAGAACACUCACUGCGUGUGGAACUCCGUUCACUUCGAGAAGAGAUGGAAGACUCCUCCCUCAGCAAAACCCUUAGUUCUACACUACUAGACAACACACAGGCAGAGAACAGGGUGUUGAAGGAGAGGCUUGGUAAUAUGGAGGAGCAGUUGAGGUUGUGGCAGGAGGACUGUGAUAGGCUGAAAGGAGAAAGGGAGAGACAGAGAGACAGACUGACAGAUCUACAGACCAAUCUGAGAGAGAGAGAAGCCCAGUUGGAGCAGGAACAGAGUGUGGUGUUUGAGUUGCGGACACUGAGCCGUUCUCUAGAGCGGAGAGUCCAGAGGCUGGAAGAGGACAGCAGUUUGGACGACACACACACUCACACACACCCUCUGUCCCUGCUCAGUGAGAUACAGCAGACUCAGGCUACAGAGACACUGUUGGCCCACUCUAGCAUCUUACAAGACAAAGACCAGGAGAUAGACACACUGAGAGAAACGCUGUUCUCCAGAGAGGCGGAGCUUGAUUCUCUGAGGGAGGAGCUACAGCCAUUCAGGAGCUGUCAAGGAAAACCCAGCUACAGCUCCCUGGAGAGCGAGGUGUGUACGGUGCGAGCGGAGAGAGACAGUCUGACCCAGCAGCUGCUGAACACCAUUCAACACAAGGUGGUGCUGUCGCAGGAGGUCGACGCUUGGCAGGAGGACAUGAGGCUGCUGAUAAGUCAGCAGGUGCAGCAGCAGGCAGAGGAGAAAGAGAGAGAAAAGGAACGAGAGAAAGAGAGCAAGAAGCAGGGGCUGCAGAGAACCCGGUCCAUGAGAGUCAGAGGAGAGAGAGGGAAAGGAGGAUUCUUCUCUUCUCUCUUUAAAGGGGAUGAAUAGAGAGAUGGAGGGAUAGAGAGAUAGGGGAGAGAGAGGGAAAGAGGACAGAUACUUGAUGUAAAUAUUGAAAUAUUGAUCACAUGGUUAAACAUAAAGAUAUUUAGUUUAUACUGUUUUACACAUUCGAAAGUCUCUCAGCCUGUCAAACAAUGUUAUGCCAAUUAGUUCCUGUAUGUGAGGAUGCUGGGGGGAGUUUUUGGUGAGGCGUUUGUGCGGCGGGUCAGUGCUGGUGUGCACUGUCUGUGUUCAUCCACAACUUGAUUAUUUUAUGGGAAAUCAGUGUCCUAGACUGUUUACGCAACAAACUAUAUGCGCGUGUCGGUGACCUUACAGGCUCGUUACAAUACUAUACCACGCCCCUUGUAAUGUUGAGAAUGUUCUACUGUGUAUAUGUAGAAUGUUCUACUGUGUAUAUGUAGAAUGUUCUACUGUGUAUAUUUAGAAUGUUCUACUGUGUAUAUGUAGAAUGUUCUACUGUGUAUAUGUAGAAUGUUCUACUGUGUAUAUGUAGAAUGUUCUACUGUGUAUAUGUAGAAUGUUCUACUGUGUAUAUGUAGAAUGUUCUACUGUGUAUAUGUAGAAUGUUCUACUGUGUAUAUGUAGAAUGUUCUACUGUGUAUAUGUAGAAUGUUCUACUGUGUAUAUGUAGAAUGUUCUACUGUGUCUAUGUAGAAUGUUCUACUGUGUAUAUUUAGAAUGUUCUACUGUGUAUAUGUAGAAUGUUCUACUGUGUAUAUGUAGAAUGUUCUACUGUGUAUAUGUAGAAUGUUCUACUGUGUAUAUGUAGAAUGUUCUACUGUGUAUAUACAGUGCCUUGCAAAAGUAUUCAGCCCUAUUGGAUUUCUGACAAUGAAGAUGAAAUACAUUUUUUUCAUCCCACUUUGUAAUACAAUAAAAUAUGAAGAACUCCAAGGGGUCUGAAAACAUUAUUCAAGGAACUGUAUAUAUAGUACAUUCAUGAUACUAUUGUGUUUAUAUACGUAUAUACACUACCAUUCUAAAGUUCGGGGUCACUUACAAAUGUCCUUGUUUUUGAAAGAAAAGCACAUUUUUUUGUCCAUUAAAAUAACAUCAAAUUGAUCAGAAAUACAGUGUAGACAUUGUUAAUGUAGUAAAUGACUAUUGUAGCUGGAAACUGCAGAUUUUUAAUGGAAUAUCUACAUAGGCGUACAGAGGCCCAUUAUCAGCAACCAUCACUCCUGUGUUCCAAUGACACAUUGUGUUAGCUAAUCCAAGUUUAUCAUUUUAAAAGGCUAAUUGAUCAUUAGAAAACCCUUUUGCAAUUAUGUUAGUGUAACGGAUGUGAAAUGGCUAGCUAGUUAGCGGGUACGCGCUAGUAGCAUUUCAAUCAGUUACGUCACUUGCUCUGAGACUUUAAGUAGGGUUGCCCCUUGCUCUGCAAGGGCCGCGGCCUUUGUGGAGCGAUGGGUAACGAUGCUUCGUGGGCGACCGUUGUUGAUGUGUGCAGAAGGU